AUCGACCGUACCGAUCACCGCUUCGGCAAUUUCCAACAUGGCGUCAAUUCUGGGACGAGCGUCGCACAAAUUGGCGUCAAAUCUCAGAACCGUUCUUACAAAUCCUGCUUUGAGCAGAACACCAGUUGUAUCUUCGACAAGAGGUAAACAAUGGCAGCCGGAGGUGAAGGACAUCGAGCAGUAUUCUAAGGCUGUGAUGUACCCCGAUGAAAACACUGCCAAAUGGCCAUCGCCACCAUGGGACGAUCGAGAUCCUGUAGCAGAGAAAGAUGUUGCCAAUUUAGUGAUCAAUUUUGGUCCUCAGCAUCCUGCUGCUCAUGGUGUGCUUCGUCUUGUUCUGGAAUUGAGUGGAGAGAGCAUAGUCCGCUGUGACCCCCACAUCGGUCUCCUUCACCGUGGCACGGAGAAACUGAUUGAAUACAAGACUUAUAUGCAGGCCUUGCCUUACUUCGAUCGUCUCGACUACUGCUCCAUGAUGUGCAAUGAGCAAGCCUACUCCCUCGCCGUUGAGAAGAUGCUGAAUAUCACUGUCCCCGAGAGGGCUAAAUACAUCAGGAUCAUGAUGAGUGAGCUGACCAGAAUUGCCAAUCACAUCAUGGCUGUGGGAACUCAUGCCCUGGACAUUGGAGCCAUGACCCCUUUCUUCUGGCUUUUUGAGGAGAGAGAGAAGACCUUUGAGUUGUAUGAGCGUGUAUGUGGAGCUCGUAUGCAUGCAGCCUACGUCAGGCCUGGCGGCGUCUCGCAGGAUCUCCCUCUUGGCUACCUAGAUGACAUGUACGAUUUCAUCAAGAACUUCUCGAUACGUAUUGAUGAGCUGGAGGAGAUGUUGACGAACAAUCGCAUCUGGAAAGACCGUACCGUUGACAUUGGUGUGGUAACGGCCGAGGAUGCCCUCAACUACGGAUUCAGCGGGGUUCUGCUGCGUGGAUCCGGUAUCAAGUGGGACUUGAGGAAGGUCCAGCCGUAUGACGGCUACGAGAAGAUGAACUUUGACAUCCCUAUAGGAUCCAAGGGAGACUGCUACGACAGGUAUCUUUGCCGAGUAGAGGAGAUGAGACAGAGUCUUAGGAUUGUCCACCAGUGUCUGAAUGAGAUGCCAGAAGGCGAGAUUAAGGUGGAUGAUAAUAAGAUUAGUCCACCAAGCAGAGCUGAGAUGAAGGACUCUAUGGAAUCCCUAAUCCAUCAUUUCAAGCAUUUCACUCAAGGUUUCCAAGUUCCUCCAGGAGCAACAUACACUGCCAUUGAAGCACCAAAGGGUGAGUUUGGUGUCUACAUGGUGUCCGACGGCUCCAGCAAGCCCUACCGGUGUAAGAUCCGCGCUCCCGGAUUCCUCCAUCUCGCCGGACUUGACAAAGUGUGCAAGGGUCACAUGUUGGCCGAUGUCGUAGCGAUCAUCGGUACACUGGAUGUUGUGUUUGGAGAGGUGGACAGAUAGACCUACCCUCAUAUCUUCAGACCGUCACAUACUCAUCAAUUCAAGUAAUCUUCGGGGAGGGUGGGGGGGGGGUUAGAUAUGAUUACAAAAUCCACAAGUUUUCCUGAAGAGAUUAUUUUAUUUAUAUCUACCGAAAAUACCCAUCUCCAACUGAUAGUACAAGUGGGUCAGUCUAAAAUCAUAUCACAGUUACAGAGAAAGCUGUAUUUAAAUACAGUUUUUUAAUUUUAGGACAGGAUCCUUUAAUACACGGUUCAAUGAUGAACUCUCUUCUUGGGAAACGGUCCUAACAAAGGUGGUCCAUCUGCAUGUGUACGGGUAGUUGGUCAAGCAGGUGGACUGCUUAUGAAAUCUGUAAGCUCCUUUCUGAAAGGUAACAGUCUAAUAAACGCUGAUUCGCUUCUGAAUUCUUGAAUUUCCAUUGGCUUUGGAAAGGUAACACCAAAUGGUUCAUUAUCAGUUGGUCUAAUGCCUUCCAAUUCAUCCAACUCGUUUACUGUCAUUUGGUCUACCAUCAGUUCGUCCACUGUCCACAUGGUCUAAUAGCCAUUUUUCCACUCACCAUUUCGUCUAAUAACCAAUUUGUCCAGUAGCCAUUUAGUCCAUGUACUGUACCAUUUUUGGUCUUAUUGGAAUAAGUGUUAAUUGGGCGAAAUGAAAGAAAAUGAAAUGGAUAUUAGACCAUAUGGUUUGAGACGAAAUACUCAUAGACAAAGUGAUGAUUGGACCAAAUGGUUGUUUGACAAAAUGUUGGAUGGAAUGGCAUUAGACUAAAUCAAAAUUAGACCAUGUGAUGAGUGAAACAGUUGGCAAUUUACCACACCAAAUUACAGUAUGCAAUUGGUUAAUGAUGUCGGUAGCAAAGUAUUAAUAUUGUAAAUAAUGAUGAGUUGUAAUUCCAAUUCUUGAAAAAGUUUGAGUUUAUUGAUUUUCAUAUUUGGGGGGUUAGAAAAUACCUUCUCUCUUGGUAAAGACCUCGCAUUUCAGGUAUCAAUGUUAACAAAUAUAGGGUUUGGUUCUCUGACAGACUAAUAAUACUUUUUUUAAAGGGAAAGAUAUGUUUACUUCACAUACUUUAAAGUUUAAUGUAUAUUCUGUAAAUAAAUUAAUCAGUCAAACAAUAGAUAAUUGGAAUCCUGUAAAACUUCUCAAAAGAGAAUAUUUGAAGAACAGAGAUUAAUAGAAACAAAUGUUAAAUAUAUACAUGUAAUGCAUUUCUUAGGAAAUCACAAUGCUCAUCCUUGUGUGUGCCAUGAACUGUGUUGAAAAUAUUUAUAGUAUUAAAACAUUUUGCAUUUCAUGAGCACAUAGCUUGCUCAUACAGAAGUAAACAGAAGUGUUUCAGAUGAGACUUUCUGAAUGUUACUUGAAUUUCUGAUUUCUUUGACCUGUUAAGCCCUCGGCCUAUCUGGGGUAAUCUGAAACUGAAAUCAGAACAUGUUUAACAGGUUAAAAGUUUACUAAAAAAAUUACAGCAGGCCAGUGUAAACAGAGCGCUACGAGUACCAUUGUUUGAAAGAAGAAAUAAAUUUAACUGAAUUGA